AUGCCGGGUGCAUAUAAAGGGGAGUGCGGGGAUGAUGUGGACCCCAUGCCGUUCCUGGUUCCCUCAGAGAAGGAGCGCCUGGAUGCUAUGAAUAAAUCUUAUGACAUCAAGCGCUCCUGCUGGGUCAAAGAUGAGAAGGAGGCUUUCAUUACUGGGGAGAUUCAGUCUGAAAAUGGGGACAAAGUCACUGUGAAGACCAGCAAGAACACCGUAAGAGUAACACUGAAGCUGUUUGUGAUUAUCCUUUCUUAUCAGACCUUGACUGUGAGGCUGGAUGACAUUCAGCAGAUGAACCCUCCUAAGUUCUACCAAGCUAGCGACAUGGCCAACCUCACUUUCCUCAAUGAGGCCAGCGUCUUGGAAAACCUGCGCAGUCGCUAUGUCAGCAUGAGGAUCUAUACCUACUCGGGCCUCUUCUGUGUGACAAUAAACCCAUACAAAUGGCUGCCCAUCUAUGGAGCCAAAGUGGCGCAGCUGUACAAGGGGAAGAAACGCAACGAAGUUCCUCCUCACCUCUUCUCCAUCUCUGACAAUGCCUACCAUGACAUGAUGAUGGAGCAUGAGAACCAGUCUAUGCUGAUCACUGGAGAAUCUGGUGCUGGCAAAACUGAAAACACUAAGAAAGUAAUCCAGUACUUUGCCAAUAUUGGAGCCUCCGGGAGCAAAACUUCUGACUCCAAGGCAAGUGUGGGCACUCUGGAGGACCAGAUCAUCCAGGCUAACCCGGUGCUGGAGGCAUUUGGCAACGCCAAGACCAUCAGGAACAACAACUCCUCACGCUUUGUAGGACUACAUAUAUUUGAUGAUUUUAUCAGUACUAAUUUUAGACAGUGA